AAAAUUAUGAUAAAAAUUCAUGAAAGCAGAUUGAAGAAAUUAUCGAAAUAUGAAAUGAGAAACAAAUCGAGACAAUGAUUAGAUUAGAUUAUGCUGUAAGGCAUGUGUGUGUCUUGGUUCCUGGUUGGUUGGAAGUCUGUAUUCAAACAAACAAUGAACAAAUAUUUUUUUUUGUGGCCACUCAUUUUUAAAAAAAAAAUCGUUCUUUUGGCAAAAAAAAAAAAAAAUUUUCAACAAUGAUGUUAAAUGUAACGACAAUGUUGUCGUUUAUUAUAUUGAUCACUAUGAUCAUUAAUUCAAUGGCUCAAUCUACGAUAAUGACCACAAAUAUUGUUGAUGAUUCAUCUGAAUCAUCAAUUGAUUUUAAAUAUCGAAAAAAUUUAUUAAUAGAUCCAUUACGAAGAUGUUGUUCAGUAGGACAUACAAUAGGCAGAGAUCAUGAUUCAAAAAGUUGUUCAACAAAAACAAAAAGAAUAACAAGAAUACGUAAAAAAUUAAACACACCAUUUGAACAAACAUUCUGUGAACAAAUCUAUCAGGUAUGCUGUCAACAGUCAUUAUGGGAACAACGUUGUAAUGUUGGCCGUUCGAUGGCUAUUUUGGUAAUGAAUCAUACACAAAUAACAACAUGUGAAGAACAAUUUUUACGUAAACAUUCAUCAACAUAUGAUCAGGAAUCAUAUCGUUGCUGUAAAGAAUGCAUUUCUGGCAUAUCAGUUGCCAAUUAUUUUGGUUCAUUACAACAUUGUCAUCGAAUGAAUAGAAUUAUUAAUUAUCAAUUAUCAUCCGUUUGGAGUAUUGUUGAAAAUCAAUUAUUGCCAUCACCAUUUUUUGAAUGCUGUCGUCAACAAAUUUAUUCAUACAAUCGUAACAAUGAAACAAUUAUAACAAUAGAUGAUAUUGAUUUAAGUGAAUUUGAUUAUGCAAAUGGAAUGGUAGACAUUACGAUUGAUGAUGAUCAAUCAAUUGUGAUUGAAAAUUCAGAUAAUAAUCAAAAGGAAAAUACCAGUGAUGAUAAUCAUAAUUGUUCAAUUGGUUUUCGUUGGGAUCGAAUUGAACAAAUAUGCAAAGAUAUAAAUGAAUGCCAAAUUGGAACACAUACCUGCCAUGAAGCAUUAAGAUGUGAUAAUACAAUUGGAUCAUUUUUAUGUGUUAGAGUUCAAGAUUGUGGCACAGGUUAUACAAUUAAUGCUGAUACAUACGAAUGUGAUGAUAUUGAUGAAUGUCAAUUAAAUAUUCAUCAUUGUGGUCCUGAUUAUAGUUGCCGUAAUACACAAGGUUCAUUUAAAUGUGAUCGUAUUCGUUGCCCCAAAGGUCAAGCAUUAGUUAAUGGAUUUUGUCGUCGAACAAAUUGUGAACAAUCAAAUAUGGUAUUCGAUUAUGAAACUGGCCUUUGUCAACCGAAACAAAAUCCCUGUUUUAAUGAUCCUUGUUUACCAACGGAAAGAUGCAUUCUGAAAGCAGAUAAUAACGAUGAAUUUGAAUGUGUAUCAAUUUGUUCAACUGGAUAUCGAUUUAAUCCAAAAGAAAUGAUAUGUGAAGAUAUCGAUGAAUGUUUUGAACAAAUAGAUCGAUGUGGACCUAAUCAACAAUGUAAAAAUAGUGAUGGCUAUUAUCAAUGUCCUUGUAAACCUGGUUAUGAAUUGAAUCAACAUAGGCAAUGUGUCGAUACGAAUGAAUGUCUUCAAGUUGAUAUUAUUAUGGAAUGUAAUCGACAAUCAAUGACCUGUUUCAAUACAAUUGGAUCAUAUCGAUGUGGUUGUGGUAUUGGUUUCGUUUGGGAUACAAUAACAAAACGAUGUCAAGAUGUAAAUGAAUGUCUACGAUAUGAAUGGAAUUAUUGUGAACAUUCAUGUGUGAAUACAAUCGGUGGUUAUAGAUGUGAAUGUUUUAAUGGUUAUCAAUUAAUGGCAAAUAAACAUAAUUGUACAGAUAUUGAUGAAUGUAUGGAUUGGCAUCCGUUUGACAGUGUAUCCAAUAGUCAAUCAUCAUUAUUAUCAUCAUCAUCAUCAGAAUUAAUUUAUCAAACAGAAUGUCAUGGUAUUUGUCGUAAUCAAAUUGGUUCAUAUCGAUGUGAAUGUCCAAAAGGUUUCCAACAAGAAACUGGUAAUCAUUGUGCUGAUGUAAAUGAAUGUGAUGAUCAUACAAUUUGUCCAUAUUCAUUAUUGAUACCAUCAUCAAGAAAACAUUGUAUCAAUUUAAUUGGAUCAUAUGAAUGUGCUGAUAUUGAAUGUCCAAUUGGAUAUGAAUUUAGACGUACAAAACAAAGUAUUCAAUGUAUAUGGAUGGAUAAAUAUAAACAACUUCAAUCGCUGAAUGAUUAUCAUCAAAAUGAUUAUCUUUAUUAUUCAAUUUAUCGUACAAAAACAAGAUUUUUAAAUGGUACAAAUUCAAUGUAUUUAUAUACAGUACGUUUAGAUUCACAACCAAAGAAUCGGGCAUAUUUUACAUUACAAUUGAAUAAUGCUUACGGGCUACCAAUACAAUAUCCAGAAUUGAUGAAACAAUAUGAUCCUAAUUCAAACGAUUUUCAAUUAGCUGAACGUAGCCAUUUUCAUUUACGUUUAAAUGAACGUGGAAAUGAAGCAAAUGUUGAAAUUAUUUGGCCAUUGUAUGGACCACAAAAAAUUGAAUUAGAAUUAUUGUCCACCGGAUAUCGAUUAGGAACAUUUACACGACAACGAUCAAUAUUAACAUUAUUUGUUAGUGAAUUCGAUAAAUUUUGAUUUCACUUUCUUUUAAAAAAAAAACAUUUAUCAUUUUGUUCGUAUCGAUUAUUUUCA